CGUACAUUGCACCCUGGGACAAGAGAGAAUAGUUUGUCCUGACGCCCAAUCUGUGAUGUCACUGCCAUGUUCAGCCAUACAGACUGCACAUGGAAGUAUGACUGACAUCGUGCUCAUAAAAAUAUGGAUUCAAAAUACUCACAUUAAAAGGGAAAAUGCAGGAAUAAACAACGGGCCACUGUUUCUAUAAAAUGCAUGGGGUGCAUGAUUGGAUUCAGCAUACGCUCUGGUUGCUGAAGGUUAAGUGAAAGACCUGAAUUUGGACAAUCAAAGAUAGAUACAGUCGUCAUUAAUACCGUACAAACAUUUUAGUUUCUCAUGAAGUAGAGUGAGUAUUUUUAGUGACUCGUCGUCAGCAUGGAAUCCCAUAUAUAUUAUACUGGCAUUGCCAUAAAAGGAAUAUUCCAUAUUGAUUCAAGCACUCACGCCUGAUUAUAAGAGGGAUGGGCAACCCUAAAUAAAAUGCAUACAGUCCAUCUGGACUGAGUGAGUCAUCUGGUUCAUUAUUUAUUAUUACUAUUAUUUGAGUUUCAUUUCAGGAGAAAUGGGGUUGAGCUUAUACCAGUGUACGUUUCUGAGAGAGCAAGUUCACAAAUGUAAAAAGGUGUAAUGCAGGUACAAGGUUAGAUGCACAUUCAGCCCAUUUGCUGUCAUCAGAACAUCUCCAGGCCGCGCGUUCAUGACUUCACUGAUAAGAAUCAAGGAAUCCUGUAGUGAUAAAUGUGACUUUACUUCAGCAUUAAGGGUGGACAUGUUCAGUGUUAUCUCACACGCACAAUGCUGUCGAGGGAGGCAGUGCUUCAGGUCGAGUACCCACCCUGGAAGUGCAAUGGGCACGCACAUGCAAUAGAGGAAGUAGGAGCAGCCGGACUCGACUGUUCCACAUGUGCAACUCAGCUGCGCCACUUUUCGUACCUGGAGAUGCUUUCAGUGAGCAUGCUGAUAAUAGAACAGGAGUGUCGGGGGUCAAUUGGAAACAGCUUUAGUGUGACAGGAACAGGAAGUGGUGAACAGAAAAUGCUACCUGGUUCAACAUGCAGCUGGUCUGUUCCUCUCUCUCGACGCCGCCUGUAAAUCUUUUUAGCCUUUCAAAAUACUGAUCCAUCAGACUCUGCCAUGAACUCAGCUUAAAUCUGGAGGGAGUAUCUUCAGGCCCAUCCUGUCUGGCACCUGUUUGAUUGUUUGGAGGAGAGAUGACACAAAAUAGUGCCGGGACUGGUAAUGGCACCACAAAAAAAAGAGAGGAACUUAAAAUUGUAAUAGUGGGAGAUGGAGGCUGUGGGAAAACAUCACUUCUGAUGGUUUAUGCCAAAGGUGAUUUUCCAGAGAAAUAUGCACCAUCAGUGUUUGAAAAAUACGUCACCACUAUCUCUCUUGGAGGAAAAGAGAUAAAGCUCAACCUGUAUGACACAGCCGGGCAGGAUGACUAUGACAGACUACGGCCGCUCUCUUACCAGGAAGCUAAUCUGAUUUUAGUCUGCUUUGAUGUGACCAACCCCACCAGCUUUGAGAACGUCCUGAUAAAGUGGUUCCCAGAGGUGAGGCACUUCUGUCAGGACAUUCCGGUCAUCCUGAUUGGCUGCAAGACUGACCUCAGGAAGGACAAAGAGUGUGCGAGGAAGCUCAAGGCCAUGAAUCAGGCUCCCAUCACUUACACACAGGGUGAGGAGACCCGGCAGCAGAUGAAUGCAGAGCUCUACCUUGAAUGUUCGGCAAAGUAUCAGGAGAACGUGGAGGACAUUUUCAGAGAGGCCACCAAGAGAACUUUGGCCUUCAUUCGAAAGCAAAGGAACUACAAGAGGAAGAAGAAAUGUGUCAUUUUGUGAAGGAAAAGCACAGAGGCUUGAGGACUUCACUCUCCUGCACGCAAGUGACACAGGUGAUGGCUUCAGUUCUUUAAAAAGGAACCACUCCCUCACACUGAGAGUGGUUGGAUGUUCAGAGCCCAAAAAUGCUUGACGCGGCUUCAUGGUUCAGAAAGUGCCUGCAGGUUGGGCCCCACUCAUCCUUUACCGUCACAAGAAAUACCAAUGAUGUAACAGGAAACACAAUUUUGCAAGAAGCUGCAGCAGGAGAUUUUCCAAAUUGGAUUACAACUUGAAAUGCCUUCUGUCAAAAGAAUUAAUUAAAAGUAUUUUUCUACACGUUUUUUCUGUGAGAAAAUUUGUAUGCUUCCAAACCAGUAUGUAUUUUUUUAUGUAUGAAUGUAUAUAUUUGAACAAUUAGUUCUUGUAUCUUGUUUUGUCUCCAAAAGGUUUUCAUGUCCGAUCUGCUUUAAAAACUGCUGACAGGUAACAAAUUCUCAGAGUUGAGAUGCAAAAUAUCACGGUACUGUAGCUUUGACAUUCUUAAGGAACAAAUAACCUCAAUGAAUGGGUUUUCAAGGAAAGCACAACACUGCACGAGAGUUUGUUUUGGAGCAGCGUCAACUUGAAGUAGAGCUCUUAUCUUUACCAACAGCGCCCACUAGUGUUGGAAAAACUGAACGUUUGCAAUGGCUGCACAAUUUAGGCAUUCGGGCCACAAUUGCCACACAGUCAAAUACAGGUACGACAUGGCAACACAUUCUGUCUCAGUGCACAAGAAACAUAGAAAAAACGACAUUUUCAAAUGAGGUGUUUAAUUAUUAAUAUUCUUUUUUUUUUUUUUUUUUUACAACUUUGUACACAGAUUGAGAAAUUGUCAACUGCCUCUUGUUCCUGGUCACUCAGGCACCAGUGACAGUCUGGUGAUGAACGAUGUACACAUUAUUGAACAUCAGCUACAUUUUAAAAAUGAGGAAAUCAAGUUGUUUUAUGCAGUCUGGCAGCUCUCGCAUCAAAUGUAACAUUUUGGUCUGUAACUAACAAUUUUCCCCUCAUUAAAAAAAGAUACAUAUAAAUAAACGCUG